AUGAAGCUGCGAUCGACAUUAUUCUCCAACAAAAUCGUAGUGGAUUCAACGCGAUACAAAUUCCGAAAACUUGUAAUCAAUGAUUCAAGAUGUCUGAUUGGUUGGAGUGAAAUUCCGAAUGAAGAAAUUGGAAGUGGAAAAGAAUUUGCGUUCAAUUAUUUUCGGAACAAAAACUAUGGAUCACUGUUCGCAUACAUUUUGACCAAUUGUGACAUUGGGCAGCUCCAGGUUAGACAAUCACUUUUGGAUGAUGAUUUGAAAGUGAUGGAAGAAAUUGAUCCAAAGCGGAUGAAAAUCAACAGCCUUGAAGUUUGCAUCAAUGAGAAUAUGACAGUGCUUCUCCUGGAAAAAGCCUGGAACGUGGAAGUUGUGAUAAUUCCAUUUAUUGGAGGUCGAGCUUUUGAAGUCACCACAGCUCAUGUUUUUCCGCUGUUUGUUAGAAUAAAAAUUAACUUUUAA